GGCAGGGCCAGGCCAGCCCCGGGCAGGCGGGCAGGCGGCUGCGGGACAGUCAGGAGCCGGCGUGCUUGUACCUGAGAAAUCAUGUUCAACUUCAGAUGCAUCCAGAAGUUACUACAGUACAUAAAAUUUUUUAUUUUUUUAAUUAUCGAGAACGCCUUCUGUUUAUUUCCUCUCCGCAAAAAAAAAUAUUUUGCUGGUGAAAUAGUACUUAUUACUGGCUCUGCAAAUGGGAUUGGAAGGCUGGUUGCCUUAAAAUUGGCUCCUUUGGGAGUAACCUUGGUGCUUUGGGACAUCGAUGAUGAAGGUAACAAAGAAACAAGCAGAUUGGCCCAACAAAAUGGAGCCAACCGGGUGUUUGUCUACCACUGUGACUGCAGCAGGAGGGAGGAGGUCUAUGAACAGGCAGACAAGGUUAGAAAAGAAGUUGGGGAUGUUACUAUUCUAAUCAAUAAUGCUGGCAUACUGAUUGGGAAAAAGUUCUGUGAUCUUACAGAUGAAGACUUUGAAAAGACCUUCAGAAUCAACUUCUUUGCUCAAGUCUGGACUUGUAAGGCCUUUCUUCCAGCCAUGGUGGCCUGUAACCGUGGGCACUUGAUUAACACAGCCAGUGGAGGUGGAAUAAUGGGACUCUACAGGCAGUCAGAUUAUGGAGCAAGUAAGGCUGCAAUCAUUGCAAUGAUGGAAGCCAUAAAUUCGGAACUGUAUCAUGGAGGAAAACGAGGCAUUAAAACCACAAUCAUUUGCCCUUAUUUCAUUAGUACCAGGUUAAGCAAAGGUUUCAAAAGCGCGAGACCUUGUUUGUUUCCUGUUUAUGAUCCAGAGUAUGCAGCCAGUAGGAUCGUGGAUGCAAUUAAAAAGGAGAAAUUUUAUCUGAUCAUGCCUCCAGCUGUAUACUUACUUGGUCUCAAAAUUUUCCUUCCUAGAAAAGCAGUGCUAUGGCUCGAGUCUUAUGUCAAGUUCCCUGAGAGCAUGGAAGAAGCCUUUGCUCAGAAGAAAAAGGAUUGAAACAAAAAGUAUUCUAAAGAUCUCAAGUGCUAUCUAAUUUAACAUUUUUAGUAAAAAUAAUUUUAAGUUCUAUUUAUUUCUUGGCAAAAAAUUCACUUCUUUUAUGCUAUUUUACAUUGGCCAGCAUGCCAUUUAAUUCUUUACAACUGUCUUUUAAGCCUUUAUGUGUGGCAAUUUUCUGAGAAAUUUUUGAAAAACCACUGAACUCUAAAAUAAAUUAGGUAUUAUGUUGAAUGACCAAGCAACAACUUUGCACAGACUGCACUGUUUUCAGACUGAAGUUUCAAUGAGGUAUCCUGUUAGUGUGGAACACAGUUCUGUUGUAAAUCAUGAGAAAAUGAAGACCGGAGGAAUACCUGGGAAGUUAUGGGUGAAAUCUCUCCUUGUAUUUGGAGAGAAGUCACACCCAUGUUCUUCAACUGUCUUUGAAUGAAAUUACAACAUAAAGGUCCUAAAGGAAAGAAAUUCCCCAAUAGCAGCAGUUUGGAGAUUAGUUACACAAAAUAUGUGCUACUACUUGAUUGAUAAACAUCAAUCCUCAUGUAAAUUUUUAGAAAAUGCUAACAUAAAAUGUUCACAAUUGUCUUAAUUCAAAAACAAAUAAACUGCAUUGCCAAAUA